AGUUUAGAGAGUAUUGUAUUGAAUAUUUUUACCUAUCUACAUGAACUUUAACUAGAGAUUUUGAUCUUUGAGAGAUCUUUGUUUGUAAUCCUCUUCUUGUGCUAUUAGUGAGUGAUCUUGGGGGUGUGUUGAUUCCUUCAAGAGUGAUCUGUAGAGAGGAUCUUUGGGGUUUAAGUAUAAAGGGGUCUAGACAAAAAUCUGUGGAGCAUAGAUUACCAAUCAGAGAAGGCUUUAAACCUUUCAAGCAGCCCUUCAGACGAAUGUCUCCAGAAGCCACUUUGAAAGUUAAAGAAAAGAUAAAGCGACUGCUAAAGGUUGGUUUUGUUGAAACUUCCAAAUAUGUGGAGUGGUUAUCUAAUGUGAUCCCCAUGGUUAAAAAGAAUGGCAAGCUAAGAAUUUAUGCAUACUUCAGUAAUCUGAAUCUGACAACACCGAAAGAUGAAUAUUCUAUGCCUAUUGCAGAUUUGCUGGUAGACGAUGUAGCACGCCAUCAAAUUCUAUCAUUCGUUGAUGGCCACAAUGGAAUUCAGCCUGAAGUUAUCAAGGGGCAAACUUUAGCAGAUUUUCUAGUAGAUCAUUUGUGCCUCAAAGUAAAAGCGGAUGAGAAAAAGGCGAACCCGGCUCCAAUCCAGGUCGCUAACCCAGGUGUGACCUGGAUUCAUUGCUCAUGGGUUCGUGAAGAACCCAAGCUUAGGUGGAUUCAUCUUGGGUUCUUAACGAACCCAGGUGCGCGCUGGGUUCUUCAAAAACCCAAGACUAACCUAGCCCGUGCCUGGGUUCCCGACGAGCCUAGCGCUACCUGGGUGGGUUCGUCCUGGGUUCAUGAUGAACCUAGGUGGACCUGGGUUCCCGUCUACAAUGCACUAGGUGCAAGCUGGGUGGAAACCGAACAAAGAUCCCAGAGUUCAAUCAAGAAGAAGAAGACGAAGAAUCCAGGGCUCCUUGCGGGUUUUGCAAACCCAGCAACUGGGUUUCGCGAAGAACCCAGAUUUGGGUUUCAUGAAGAACCCAGAUUUGGGUUUCAUGAACCCAGGUCUUGGGUUCCUCAUGGAACCCCAUUGCUAGGUUCGCGGAGGAAGAAGGCUGGGAAAGAGGAAAGGGCAGAGGGAUAAGAGAGAAAAAGGGAGGAAGAAGAAGAAGAAGAAUAUAAUAAUAAUAAAUUAUGUGGGUUUUU